AUGCCCCCGCCGAGGACCAGCUUCACGGCGCCUCACCACCAAGUCAUCCGCCUCCUCGACUCCCACGACCUCCCCGCCGCGGCGCGCCUGGCGGCCGCGCACCCCUCGUCCCCCGUCUCCCUCGCCGCCGUCCUGCUCCGCCACCCGCCGCCCCGCCUCGGAUACUGCCUCCACGCCCGCGCCGCGCGCGCGGGCGUCCUCGCCGACCGCUACGUCGCCAACGCCCUCCUCGCCUUCUACCUCCGCCUCCCGCGCCACCUCCCGCACGCGCUCAGGGCGUUCGACGACCUGCCUCGCCGCGACGUCGUCGCGCACUCCUCCAUCCUCGCCGCGUUCCUGCGCGCGGGGCUUCCCCGGCGCGCGCUCCACUCCCUCAGGUCCAUGGUCGCCGGCGCGGACGGCGUCUCCCCCAGCGCCCACGCGUUCUCGGCCGCCGUCAAGGCCUGCGCCAUGCUCCGCGACCGCAACGCGGGCGCCUGCCUCCACGGGAGCAUCCUUGUCCGGGGAUUCAGCGACGACGACAUCGUGCUGAGCGCGCUAGUGGACAUGUAUGGCCACACCCUCUCACCAGGAGACGCGCGGAAGGCGUUCGAGGAAAUGCGCGCCCCGGACGGGAUAUGCUACACCUCACUGAUAUCAGCGUUCGUGCGGAACGAUUGGUUCGAGGAGGCCGUGAGGUGGUUCCGGACUAUGGUCAUGACGCGUGGGGUCGAGCCGGAUGGCUGCACGUUUGGUUCGAUGAUGACGGCGCUGGGGAACCUGAGGAGAAUCAGUCAAGGCCGCGAGGCGCAUGCCCAGGUAGUCACCCGUGGCCUAUGUGGUAAUAAUGUGAUCGUGGAGAGCAGCACGCUGGACAUGUACGCCAAGUGCCGGAUGAUGCCGGAGGCGCGCAAGGUGUUUGACAGGAUGCAGGUCAGGAAUGCGGUUUCAUGGUGUGCGUUGCUCGGUGGGUACUGCCAGAACGCGGAGUACCAGAAGGUUCUCGCGCUAUUUCGGCAGAUGGAUAAGGAGUACGAUGACUUGUAUAGUUUGGGGACUGUUCUGAGGGCAUGUGCUGGUCUAUCUUCUGUGAAGCCGGGAAAAGAGAUCCAUUGCCGGUUUCUGAGGAACGGUGGCUGGAGAGACGUGGUUGUUGAGUCCGCACUUGUAGACCUAUAUGCAAAAUGUGGCGCUCUAGACUACGCUUACAGAAUCUUCGAGGCGAGCAGUGUCCGUAAUACGAUUACUUGGAAUGCCAUGAUUUGCGGCUUCGCUCAGAAUGGCCAUGCCGAGGGAGCGAUCAAUCUGUUCAAUCGGAUGGUCAGGGAAGGAGCCAGGCCUGACUACAUCAGUUUCAUUGGUGUUCUUUUUGCAUGUAGUCAUACUGGAAUGGUUGAACAAGGACGGAACUACUUCAACUCUAUGAGCAAGGACUAUGGCAUUGCCCCUGGAAUCGAACACUACAAUUGCAUUGUUGAUCUUCUCAGCAGAGUAGAACUGCUGGAAGAGGCUGAAGAUCUGAUAAAUAAGUCACCCUUCAGAGAUGAUUCCUCCUUGUGGGCAGCAAUCCUUGGCGCUUCUGCCACACAUUCUAACCCAGAUGUAGCAGAAAGGGUUGCCAAGAAAAUGAUGGAGCUAGAGCCUCAGUACCACUUGAGCUACGUUCUUCUUGAAAAUGUGUACAGAACAGUUGGACGGUGGGAAGAUGCUUCAGAGAUAAGGAAGUUGAUGCAAUCAAGAAAGGUGAAAAAGGAACCCGGGACGAGCUGGAUUGAUGUAAACAGAAGUAAAUUACAUGUAUGGAAUGGUAAAGGCGCACCUUCAGAACUUGUUGCCUCUGAGGACAUCAUCACAGAUGACAGAAGCCCAUAACAUUGUUAUGUGUUUUUGGUUUGUUGGCGAUGAUGUCCUCUGAUUGGUGCUCAUGAGUCAUUCUGAGCCAGAUUUUGGGAUGAAUUUAAGCAGUGUUCCCAAAAGGCUCUACUUGCAGGGGUGAAAAUUGACACCAGGUGGCAUCUUACAAAGUCCAGCCUGUAAAUUGAUUGAAAUCGUGAAUAAUUUGCUCAGCGAAUAUAGUCUUGUGUGCUUGGCGGCAUAUGGUUUUUAUGAGUGCAGUGCCAGAGACUUGUUAGAAAGGCCAGGCUUGGAUGUAUGGGUUGGCCUCAGCCAGCAUGAACACAAAAGUGGAACUGUCAGGCAAGCUGUCCACAUGUUGGCCACUUUUUCUCCCCUGAUAUCUGCUUACAGAGAUGAAAUGCUUGCUUCCAGUACUUGCGGAUAGCAUAGUUAGUAGCAUUUAACCUGUUAUUAAUCCAGCUGCAAAGGCUUUUGGGAUUGCUUUGUGUACUUUCUUCAGAGGCAUCUGUGUGUCUUGAGCUUGAAUUCAUCUUCGACAUGCAUGACAUAUACAAUAAUCUCAAAUCAGCUUCUGCGUUUUACGCUUGGCUCUCUAGCACGAUGAGCUCUGUGGAGCUUGACCUGAUCACAUCACUUGUGUAUAUGACAGAG